CGCAGUCAUUUUGCGAGUGGGCACAAGGGCCGGAGCAUGCGCGUCAUGUCCUGCGAGAAACGGCACGCCGACGAAGAUGCCAUGGCCGCGUCUGCAUUGGACAGGCUUGCGGAAAUGUCGGACCGCAUGAAGCGAUUCAAACAGUCCCCCAUUGCGAGUGUGGACGCGCACCACAAUAUGGUGACCUUCUCCCAGUAUUACGACGACGACUUCCACUCCGAGAGCGAGAGCGACGGUGGUAGCGACGACGAUCAUGGCAAUCAACCCGUUGUGUCUGACUACAGCACUGGCAAGGAUGUCGAUUCGGAAGAAUCUCCUCCAAUUGAGAUCGAGAUACAAGAUAUCCGAGUUACACCAGGAGGUUCUUCAGCUGGAACAGGACGCGGGGCUCGACGAAAUGGAAAACCAUCGAAGCGCAAGGUUUCCGUACAACUCAAUAGCCUUCAUGGUGCUCCGAGCAAGCGCCUGGCGCAGGGGCUGCAUGACUUGAGCCAAUGCGUGACUGCACUCCUGCGGGACAACGGAGCGAACGGAGACUACGCCGGCCCGACUCUCAAUAGCAUACAAAGCGACCCCAGCGAUGCUGUCGACAACAUGAGUGUGUCUUUGACUGCAUUUCGCCAUAUUGUGGACUCGAUUCGGUCGACUGCGUCCAACGAGCUGAUGCCCAUCGUCCGGCCAAGCAUGGAACAGUUGUGGGAAACCGCACAAAAGUUGAGUCGACACGAAGCCCGUAUGAACCUGGCGUGUUGGCGAAAUGCCGCCGCGGAAUUGCGCGUCAAAUUGCAAGAUGCUCUGGCUACCCCCAACCCGACAAGCAGCUGUGAUGGUAGCCACCACGCCUUGAUUGAGCAGUGCCUCGACUUUGUGUCGUCCGUAUCACUGUGCAACCUCGUGCGCGAUGAAUCCACUGACAUUCGCAAAUUGGCCAUCCAAGAGUCUUCUGAUCAGUUGUGCCGAGGGAUUCACCAACACAACGUUCAAAGGUUCGAGUUUUUGGCGACGGAAGCACGUGAUCUCGCCAAUGCGAUGCGGCGAGAAGCCGACCACGAUCAAGGUCCAUCGCCACCAUCGUCUCCUGUCCCUGUGUCGACCCGCCCUACGAAGCGCGCACGUGCCGCCACAUUCGCUGGAUGCACCGUUUGCGGUGAAGAGACGGCGGAGGCCUUGAUGUCAUGCGACAAUAGCUGCGGCAAGCAAUACCAUGCCGCUUGUCUCGAACUGUCCGGUCCACCCGACGAGGGAUCGUGGUUCUGUCCGGACUGCAUGGAGUCGUUGGGGUUGUCUGGCGACGGCCAAGUGUAUUUGUGCGCCGCAUUGCACUGCAAACGCAUCAGUGUCACAAGGUACUGUGCCGUCCACAGUUGUCGCUUCAAAGGGUGCAAUUUUCGCCUGCGCGGCCGCGGGUAUUGUCGCCGCCACGACACGCACCAGAAGCGGAGCAUGGCAGCGUGAUCGACAAAGUGGUGUGUGGAACCGUAAUUUAUUUUAUCGUCGUCAACGGGAGCUCGCUACUGCUUGGACGACGCCAUGUACUCGUCGUCGUCUUCGUCGAACGCGUCGGUGGGGCCCCCGACGUGGCCGCCGCGGUGGGUCGGCUCGUACACGUGUAGCUUCGAGUGCUUGCCACAGUACCCUUGCUUCUUGCAUCGGUACGAACAUCCUUUCUCCUUGCACAGGUGGCGCGGGCAGUAGCGUUGGUUGAACACACAAAAGCGAUUGCAUUUGACGGCCAAGCAUGCGACCUUGACGCAC